AUGUCGUAUAGCAACAUUGACGACGUCUACGUGCGAGACAACACCGAUUCCGGAGAAGGAUCUUACACAGGAUUUGUGUGCAAACACACGCUGUUGCCGCACGGUCAAGGUUGCAUGAAAUACUUUGGCCGCGACAACAACCUGGUAUCGUAUGACGGUGAAUGGGAUCAAGGAAUAUGGCAUGGCUAUGGCUCUCUCAUGUUUCAAUCCCAAGAUUGUUACGUUGGUGAAUUCCAAAACGGUAGCCGGGAAGGGAACGGAACUUACAUGUGGCAAGAUGGCAGUCAAUACGAAGGCAGGUUUGAACAAGAUGCCCGCACUGGAAAAGGACGUUUCACUUGGCCCGAUGGUAACUUUUACAAGGGGGAAUUUGUCAAUGGAAAGAGAGAAGGUCUUGGACAAUAUACGUUUCUAAAGUCAGGUGAUAUGUACAGUGGACACUGGAAGGAUGGUCAUUACGAUGGAUUUGGUGUCUUCACUUGGUCCGAUGGCCGAACCUACCGUGGCAACUGGAAGAAUUCUCAACGUCAUGGAAAGGGAACCGAAAGCGACUGCGAUGGCAACGUCGUCUACAAUGGCAUGUGGGAAAAUCAUCAUCCCGUCGUCUCAGAUAAGGACUACAAAGAAAAGGUUGCGGCAAAGGAAGAAGAGGGGGAAAGUCCCACUACUACUACGUUUGCCACUCCCGGUACUACUACUACUACUACCAAUCCUCCACCCGCCAGAAACAUCCCCUUUCCGUCUCAACAAAGUCAUCGAACGGCACAUUAA